AUGGAUGAAUCCCACCAUCGACUCAUCCCGCGAGGCUAUGGGAUCAAUGCCACUUACGUCUAUGAAUAUUCGCGUGGUCUGAACGGUGUUGAUGUCCCGCGGGAUGUUCUGUUUUCACGGAUCAUCUUCUCGUCCUUGAUAUUCGUCGCCCUGGUUGUCUUUUGCGGGCGUGUCGGACAGAUCAGCCAUGCCUAUCUUCGCCAAAUUACCUCUCUAACGGCAAGCAGGAGGGAGCAGACCUUUUGGAGCGUUGAAGUAUCUUCGCUUUGGGCAAACGUCAAGAAGCAUCUGUUGUAUGCGCCCCUGGGCAGGAAGAGGCACAACCGAGAAAUCCAACUUUCAUCCGCCAUCAACGUCGGCACACUGCCUUCUAGAUUCCAGGUGAUUCUAGUCGUGCUAUAUCUGGCGAGUCAGGUCGCUUAUUGUACUCUGCUUGAUUAUAAUGCGAACGUCAAGGCAGCCCUUGUAGCUGAGCUUCGUGGACGCUCAGGUACCUUGGCAGUGUUGAACAUGGUGCCCCUUUUCAUCCUCGCCGGUCGCAACAAUCCGCUUAUUCCCUUGUUGCAUGUGAGUUUCGACACCUACAAUCUCCUUCAUCGUUGGCUGGGCCGGAUAGUUGUGCUUGAAAGCAUUGUGCACACGUGCGCAUGGGCAGUAAAUGCUUGCGACGAGGUCAGCUUCUCUGACAUGCUCGAGCGUUUACGCACUACACCUUUCUUUACCUGGGGCCUACUGGGAACUUGCUCCAUGAUCACACUGGGUCUUCACUCUCCAUCCCCGAUCCGGCAUGCUUUCUAUGAGACCUUCUUGCAUCUGCACCAGCUCGCCGCUUUCCUAGCAUACCUUGGUGUGUUGAUGCACUUGGAUCUCGACAAUCUCCCGCAAAAGCCGUGGAUAAUAGCGCUGGGUCUUCUCUGGCUAUUGGAAAGGACAGCCCGCCUCUGUCGACUGCUGUACUUGAAUAUCUCUCCCCGAAGAGGGUCCACACGGCUUGUCGUGGAAGCCCUCCCAGGUGAAGCCUGCAGAGUGACUUUUCACUUGCCCAAGCGUGUGCGCAUCAGCCCCGGAAGCCAUGUGUACGCCUACAUCCCAAGUGUCUCCUUUUGGAUGUCGCAUCCAUUUUCUGUCGCUUGGGUAGACCCAAGCAGCUCCGUGACCGUUCCUGCUACGACAGAAAAAGAUCUUAUCGACCCUUCGCUUCUCGAAAAGCAGCCACUUGCUAGUUUAGAUGAGUAUAUGCGGGACUCCCAGGAGCCCACGUCCGUUUCCCUCAUCGUUGGUGCUCGACAAGGCAUGACACGGAAGUUGUACAACAAAGCUCUGGCCUCGCCUGGACAAACACUCUACACCUCGGGGCUUAUUGAAGGACCCUAUGCGUCCCAUGCGUGCAACAUGGGCAGCUAUGGUACAGCUAUACUCUUCUCAGCCGGUGCAGGCAUUACCCAUCAUAUGCUAUACGUCCGCGACUUGCUCAUACGCUCCUCAGAGGGUCGCGUGGCUACCCAGAAGAUCUACCUCGUAUGGUCUGUACGCAGUACGGAACAUCUAGCCUGGGUACGGGAGUGGAUGGACCAGAUCCUCCGACUUCCAUCGAGGCGCGAGAUUCUUACCAUCAAACUUUUCGUAUCCAAACCAAAAAGCAGUCGCGAAAUCGUAUCACCCAGUGCGACCGUCCAAAUGUUCCCAGGCCGGUGUCGCCCCGACGUCGUUCUCAACGAGGCCAUUCCCCAACGUGUGGGUGCCACCAUUGUCUCUGUCUGCGGGCCCGGUGCAUUCGCAGACGAGGUGCGUGCUGCUGCACGUAACAACAUUGGAAUGGGCGCCGUCGUCGAUUUCGCCGAAGAAGCCUUUACAUGGUAG